AUGAUUAUGCGGCCAUGGGGCGAGUCGCUGCUAUCGCUCCCCAAGCGCUGGCUCAGCACCCAGGUGUAUGGCACGGACGACGAGGAAUUCCAGAAUGUACAACUACCGAAGUUGCCGGUCCCCGAUCUUCAAGCCACUAUGGACUCUUAUCUAGAGUUCGCAUCGGUGAUCGUAAGCCAUCAGCAGCUGGAGAAGACCAGAAUUUUGGUGAAGGAAUUCAUGGAGGAGUUGGGUCCGAGGCUACAGGCGACGCUGCUGGAGCGUCAGAAGGAAAUGGAUAACUGGAUAACCGAGUGGUGGCUGGACGACAUGUACCUGAAGGUGCGGCUCCCCCUGCCCAUCAACUCCAACCCAGGGAUGGUGUUCCCGCGCAGGCACUUCGCCAAAAUGGAGGAGGUGGCCGACCUCGGUGCACUCUUCAUUGACGACGUCUUGGACUAUAAAGAAAUGUUAGACAGGGGUGAGUUACCACUGGAGAGGGCGACCAGCCGCGAAAAAGGCCAACCCCUGUGCAUGGAGCAGUUCUACAGGCUGCUGGGCGUGUGCCGCAUCCCAGAGGUGGGCAAAGACGUCCUGGAACUACCGCGGCCAGUUGGUGAUCAAGACGAAGUCGAAGAACUGGUCAUUUUGGCGUGCAGGAAUAACUUCUACCCGAUACCGGUGAAGGCCGUAGACCGUGGCCGCCUGACGGCCGGCGAGAUCCAGGCUCAGAUUCUGCAUGCCAUGGUCGAGGCGGCUGGCAGCGCGGCGGCGCCCAAGGUCGGCCUGCUCACCUCCAUGGGCAGGGACGAUUGGGCGAGGGCCAGGGAGCAACUUAUCAGGUGUAAAGCGAGGCGCUUAUGCGUAACAGAGGAGAACAACCGGCUGAACCUGGAGCUGAUAUCGCGCGCGCUAUGCGUGCUGUGCGUGGACGAGGCUGGUGGCGACAGGGCGGACGCGGACGCCGCCACCAACGCCAUGCUGCGCGCCAUGCACGGCGCCGGCACCGCCUACCACUCGGCCAACCGCUGGUUCGACAAGACCGUGCAGCUGAUCAUAUCGUCGGACGGCACCGUGGGCAUGUGCUACGAGCACAGCGCCGCGGAGGGCGUGGCGGUGGUGCGGCUGGCGGAGCGCGCUCUGGCCCGCGCCGAGGUGGCCGAGCGCCCCUCGCCGCCGCCCGCCCUGCUGCCCGCCCCCGCGCCCAUGCGCUGGACCCUCACGCCGGACCUCUGCCGAGAGGUAGAGCGCGCCGCCACGGAACUCGACCGACGCAUAGCCGACCUAGACUUCACCGUGUACACGUACGAGGGUUACGGACGCGAGUUCAUGAAGUCAUGCCGCACCAGUCCCGAUGUCUACAUUCAGCUCGCUCUGCAGUACACCUACUUCAAGAUGUACGGGCACCUGGUGUCGACUUACGAGUCGGCGUCGCUGCGCCGAUUCCGCGGCGGCCGCGUGGACAACAUACGCGCCGCGCACUCGGCCGCUCGCGCCUGGGCCGCCGCCAUGUGCGCCCACCAGCCCCAGCCCCAGCACCAACACCAGGACCCCAACAGGAAGGUCUCCUUCAACCUCUACGGGGAACAAAGGAAAGUGGAACUGUUCGAGGAGGCGGCCCGCAAGCAAACCGCGGUGAUGGAGGCGAACAUCUUGGGCCGCGGCAUCGACAACCACCUGCUGGGGCUGCGCGAGGCGGCGCGCGAGGCGCUCGGCCACCUGCCGCCGCUCUUCGCAGACCCCACCUACGGCCAGAUGAUCCAGUUCAAGCUCAGCACCAGCCAGGUCGCGACCACCACGGAGGGCACAUUUAUGGGGUACGGCGCGGUGGUGCCGGACGGCUAUGGCUGUAGCUACAACCCCAAGAAGGAGUCCGUCAUCUUCUGCAUUGCAUCCUUCUGCUCCUCCGCCGUCACCAGCACCGAGGCGUUCCGCCUUGCCCUUGAGGAGGCGCUCGACACCAUGAAACUCAUGUUCCAAAAUAGGCAGCCGGAGAAC